GGCAAAGUUAACACCAUUUUAGAGAUUUUGUUCGACGGACGAAAUGGACAGUCGUUGUUGGACUUAGAACACUGAUGUUUUGGAAGAACCUAUUUUGUGGUCAAGAAAGACUCUCCCACUGCUGCUGGGAUGAGUGACUCUCAGGAGAGAGAGGAGGCUGCAGGUCCCAGUGAGACACUCCGACCAGAGUCUGCAGCACAUGGCUUUAGGACCAUGAAGAAUGCUGAAGACAUGGCUGAUCUUGGGUCACCAACACACUCUGGUGGAGGUGAGUUGACGGCUGACACCAUCACCUGUGAAGACAACAUCAACAAGAGCACAGAUAAGGAAGUUCUGAGGAGAGUUAAAGAGAAACAUAAAGCCAGUCUGAAGAGGAGGUUUGAGAACAUAUCUGAGGGCAUCAUCAAACCAGGAGCUGAGAUACUCCUCAAUAAGAUCUACACAGAGCUCUACAUCACAGAAGGAGAGAGUGAAGGAGUGAAUAAGGAGCAUGAGGUCUGGCAGGUAGAGUCAGCAUCUAGACUACAAACCACAGAAGACAAACCAAUCAGCUGCAAUGAUAUCUUCACACCCUUACCUGGACAGGAGAGGCACAUCAGAACUGUGAUAACCAAAGGUAUUGCUGGCAUUGGAAAAACGGUCUCUGUGCAGAAAUUCAUUCUUGAUUGGACAGAGGGGAUAGCCAGUCACGAUGUAGACUUUAUGUUUCCCCUUCCUUUCCGUGAGCUGAAUUUAAUCAGGAGUGAUGAGUAUAGCCUUCACAAGCUCCUGAUUGACUUCCACCCUGAGUUGAAGGAGCUCAAGGAUGGUGAAGAAUACAAUGACUUUAAUAUUGUGUUCAUCUUUGAUGGUUUGGAUGAGAGUCGGUUACCUCUGAAUUUCCAACAGAGCAUGACAUUGUCUCAUUUAAAACAAGCAGCAUCAGUGAAUAUUCUGAUGACAAGCCUCAUUCAGGGAACUCUUUUCCCUUCUGCACAUAUCUGGAUAACCUCACGACCAGCAGCAGCUGGACAAAUUCCUGCUCAGUAUAUCAACCAAGUUACAGAAAUACGAGGAUUCACUCACCCACAGAAGGAAGAGUACUUCAAGAAGAGAAUCAGUAAUGAGAGUCAGGCCAACAGAGUCAUCUUACACAUUAAGGCAUCCAGGAGUCUCCACAUCAUGUGUCACAUUCCUGUCUUCUGUUGGAUUGCAGCCACUGUACUUCAGCAGAUGCUGGAACAGGACAAUACCCAGAAAAUCCCUAAAACUCUGACUGAGAUGUUUGUACACUUCUUGCUUAUUCAGACCAAAAAGAAGGAUCAGAAAUAUCAAGGGAGAUAUGCAGGAGAUGUGAAGAGGCUCUUGCAAUCACAGAAAGAAGUCAUACUGAAGCUGUCAGAACUGGCUUUCAAGAAUCUGGAGAAUGGCAACCUCAUGUUUUAUGAGGAAGACCUGCAGAAAUGUGGCAUUGAUGUCAGUGAAGCCUCAGUGUACUCUGGCAUGUGCACUGAGAUCUUCAAGGAAGAAUCUGUGUUUCAGCAGAGGAAAGUCUACUGCUUUGUGCAUCUGAGCAUCCAGGAGUUCCUGGCUGCUGUGUUUGUGUUUCACUCGUACGUGAAUGAGAACUUUGAGGCACUACAAUCCCUCCUCAGUGAAAAACAUAGAGAUGAUACCAGCCCCUUCAGAUUUUCAUAUUUUCGAUCAGUGCUGGGCUCUCAAUCACAAGAUAAUCUCUGUAGGUUACUUAAGAGUGCAGUGGAUGAGGCUUUGAAGAGCAGGAAUGGACAUCUGGAUCUUUUCCUUCGCUUCCUUGUGGGCGUCUCCCUGGAAAGAAAUCAGAGGCUUCUGAAAGGACUCUUAAAUUGUACAUACAAGAGCUCAAAGAGCAUUAAGAAAACAUGUCAUUACAUUAAGCAGCUCAACAGUGAAGGUCUCUCUCCUGAAAGAUGCAUCAAUCUUUUCCAUUGCUUGUUUGAAAUGAAUGAUCAUUCCAUGUACCAAGAGAUUAAAAAAUAUCUGGAGUCACCAAAGGAUUUCAAAGGCCAGUUGUCUCCAGCUCAUUGUUCAGCACUGGCCCACAUGCUUCUGAUGUCUGAGGAGGUGCUGGAUGAGUUUGAACUGAAGAAAUACAACACCUCAGAUGAGGGCCGCAGGAGACUGAUCCCAGCUCUGAGAUGCUUCAGAAUCGGACGACUUGCUGGCUGCAAACUCACCGAUAAGUCAUGUGAGCUUGUGGCCUCAGUUCUGCAGUCUCCAAACUCCCUGAUAGAGCUGGACUUGAGUAACAAUGACCUGGGAGAUUCUGGAGUUCAGCUUCUUUCUAAAGGAUUGUCUAGUCCCCACUGCAAGCUGCAGACAUUAAGACUUGCUGGUUGCAAACUCACAGAUAAGUCCUGUGAGAUUGUGACUACUGUUCUGCAGUCACCAAACUCCCUGAUAGAGCUGGACCUGAGUAACAAUGACCUGGGAGAUUCUGGAGUUCAGCUUCUUUCUAAAGGACUGUCUAGUCCCCACUGCAAGUUGCAGACAUUAAGACUUGCUGGUUGCAAACUCACAGAUAAGUCCUGUAAGAUUGUGACUACUGUUCUGCAGUCACCAAACUCCCUGAUAGAGCUGGACCUGAGUAAGAAUGACCUGGGAGAUUCUGGAGUUCAGCUUCUUUCUAAAGGACUGUCUAGUCCCCACUGCAAGUUGCAGACAUUAAGACUUGCUGACUGCAAACUCACAGAUAAGUCAUGUGAGCUUGUGGCCUCAGUUCUACAGUCUCCAAACUCCCUGAUAGAGCUGGACCUGAGUGACAAUGAACUGGGAGAUUCUGGAGUUCAGCUUCUUUCUAAAGGACUGUCCAGUCCCCACUGCAAACUGCAGACAUUAAGACUUGCAGGCAACAAACUCACAGACAAGUCAUGUGAGCUUGUGGCCUCAGUUCUGAAGUCUCCAAACACCCUGACAGAGCUGGACCUGAGUAACAAGGACUUGGGAGAUUCUGGAGUUCAGCUUCUUUCCAAAGGACUGUCUAGUCCCCACUGCAAGCUGCAGAUAUUAAGGCUCUGCAAGUGUGGUUUCUCAAGUGAAGGAUAUGUUUGUCUUGCUCUGGCCCUGAUGGUAAACCCCUCCUGUGUGAAAGAGCUGGAUGUGAGCAACAAUCAUCCUGGAGAAUCAGCACAGAAGCUGUUAUCUGCUACAAUGGAGAAUCCUCACCGCAAAGUUGGAGCCCUGCAACUUGCUGGCUGCAAACUCACAUUUAAGUCCUGUGAGCUUGUGGCCUCAGUUCUGCAGUCUCCAAACUCCUUGAUCAAGCUGGACCUGAAUACCAAUGACCUGGGAGAUUCUGGAGCUCAGCUUCUCUCUAAAGGACUGUCUAGUCCCCAGUGCAGGCUGCAGACAUUAAGCCUGCAGAAGUGCAACAUUGGAGAGGAAGGCUUCACAGCUCUUGCAUCAGCACUGAGAUCAAACCCCUCACACAUAAGAAGGUUGUUGCUGAUGGGGAGUAAAGCAACAGACUCAGGAGUGAAGCAUCUUUCUUCUCUUCUGGAGGAUCCCAACUGUAAACUGGAGGAACUAGACCUGCAGAACUGCAACAUUGGAGAGGAAGGAUUCACAGCUCUUGCAUCAGCACUGAGAUCAAACCCCUCACACAUGAGACAGCUGUGGCUGAGAGGGAGUAAAGCAACAGACUCAGGAGUGAAGCAUCUUUCUUCUCUUCUGGAGGAUCCCAACUGUAAACUGGAGAAACUAAACCUGAAGAACUGCAGCAUUGGAGAGGAAGGUUUCACAGCUCUUGCAUCAGCACUGAGAUCAAACCCCUCACACAUGAGAGUGCUGUUUCUUAGAGGGAGUAAAGCAACAGACUCAGGAGUGAAGCAUCUUUCCUCUCUUCUGGAGGAUCCCAAAUGUAAACUGGAAAAGCUAGACCUGGACAACUGCAGCAUUGGAGAGGAAGGUUUCACAGCUCUUGCAUCAGCACUGAGAUCAAACCCCUCACACAUGAGAGAGCUGUUUCUGAGAGGGAGUAAAGCAACAGACUCAGGAGUGAAACAUCUUUCUUGUCUUCUGGAGGAUCCCAACUGUAAACUGGAUAUACUAAACCUGCAGAGCUGCAGCAUUGGAGAGGAAGGUUUCACAGCUCUUGCAUCAGCACUGAGAUCAAACCCCUCACACUUGAGAGUGCUGUGGCUGGAGGGGAGUAAAGCAACAGACUCAGGAGUGAAGCAUCUUUCUUGUCUUCUGGAGGAUCCCAACUGUAAACUGGAGACACUAGAGAUUUGGGGUUGGCCGCUACCACGCCACGCCACACCGCUCCGUUGCUCUGGGGCCGGUUUCCCGAUAACGUUCACUCUUAACGAGCUACGAAGACUCCAAAGCCUGCAGAACUGCAGCAUUGGAGAGGAAGGCUUCACAGCUCUUGCAUCAGCACUGAGAUCAAACCCCUCACACAUGAGAGUGCUGUGGCUGAUGGGGAGUAAAGCAACAGACUCAGGAGUGAAGUAUCUUUCUUCUCUUCUGGAGGAUCCCAACUGUAAACUGGAGGAACUAGACCUGAGGAACUGCAGCAUUGGAGAGGAAGGUUUCACAGCUCUUGCAUCAGCACUGAGAUCAAACCCAUCACACAUGAGGGUGCUGAAGCUGCUAGGGAGUAAAGCAACAGACUCAGGAGUGAAGCAUCUUUCUUCUCUUCUGGAGGAUCCCAACUGUAAACUGGAGACACUAGACCUGCAGAACUCCAGCAUUGGAGAGGAAGGCUUCACAGCUCUUGCAUCAGCACUGAGAUCAAACCCCUCACACAUAACAAGGUUGUUGCUGAUGGGGAGUAAAGCAACAGACUCAGGAGUGAAGCAUCUUUCUUCUCUUCUGGAGGAUCCCAACUGUAAACUGGAGGAACUAAGCCUGUAUAACUGCAGUAUAACAGAUGAAGGUUUCAGAAUGUUAGCAUCAGCACUGAGAUCAAACCCAUCAACCGUCAGAGAGCUCUGGCUGGGGGGGAAUCAGCCUGGACCCUCAGCACAGCAGCUGCUCUCUGAACUGAAGAAACAUCCAAACUGUAAACAUAUACAAAUGCAUGGAGUUUAAUGAAUCCAUCCCAUUGUGUUCAACAUGAAAGACGUGUUCACACUGUGCAUAAAUAAGUUGAUGUUGAAGACACUGUACUGUAUGUAUACUGUAUAGGGCAGUCCUUUUUACUCAAUAGGAGUUUUGUUCUGUUUCUGUUCUCCAGUUAUGUCAUCCUUUAAUGAUCUCUCCCUCUCAGUUGUGUUCAGGUUUUAUCACAUUAAUAUUUGAAGUCAUAUGUUUUAAAGUGACCUUUGUAAAUACACAGAAAAUAUACGCAGUACUUUAUGAAGAAUGUUUUUAAUACAAAAACAUUUGUAUCAGUAAAUAUAUGUAAUGUGGCAAUUCACAUGAAUUUUGAACAGACAUUUCUAGACAGGCAUCCAAGAAGUAAAUAAAAAUCCACAAAGAAUAAGAUUCAUAUUGCAGUACUAUCAAUACAUUUAUGUAAAACUUCCUUUGUAAUGCCAGC